AUGAACCAACCAAUUUCCAUGGAGCUGUUGAUGCAGCGCAUCAACGAACACAUCCAAGUAGAGGAUGAUGCGACCGUAGCCACAGUGAAGACGAAUCUGGUGGCAACGGACAAAAGGGUGUUUAGAAUAGUCCACACGGUUGGACAGGAGACAAACCGUCCAAGUGACUGCGUAAGACAAUUAGACCAUGGUCCGGAUCGUAGAAGUCGGGGUAAAGGUUGCCACAAUAACCGAGUUGAUUAUCCACGCGAUGCCUCGACAGAUGCGAAUAUAAAGUUGAACGCUCGAACAGGCGUCACCACGGUUUUUAAAAUCCCAAUUUACCGAAUACUAAGCGAAAUCCACAAUGAGGUGUACGUCCGGUUUUCGACCAAGUUGGGUGAUGCGCAAAAAAACUUCAAUCCGCGGUAUCGCUGCACCUUUUAUAGUGAGCGAGGGCAUCGAACGGAGGACUAUUUAUCCCUGAAACAACACUUGGAAAAGCUGGUUGCUGCUGGACACUUGGACCGUUACAUUGAUGGGGGCAGCAAAGCCGCGCACCAUGCUGCAACUGAGCCAAGUGGUUUGGCUACCCUAGAAGCACCCCUCCAAGGAGUGGUCAAUGUGAUCCAUGGUAUCAUUGAGUCGACGCGGGUAUGCGAGCUCCAUGGGAUGAUAAAAAAAGCAGAACAUACGAGGGAAGUCCUGUCAGUCCAGCCCGCGGUCAAAAGGGGCAAGACUGAGGAAAAAAAUGUGCUCAGCUUCUCAAGCAGGGAUCUUGAGCACAUUCAAACGCCGCACAAUGACGCACUGGUGGUCACUCUCCGCAUCAGGGACUUUGAUGUUAAGCACAUUUUGAUUGAUCAAGGUAGCUCGGUCGAGAUCAUGUACUACGACGCCUUCAAGCAACUCAAACUCAGGGACACAGAUUUGGCUCCGGCAACUUCGCCACUAGUUGGUUUCGACUCACAACCGAAGUGGCCUAUGGGAAAGAUAAUCCUACCGGUCAAAGCCAGACUCGUGGUCAAGCAGGUGGAAUUCUAA